AUGUCAGACGACACAGCUGCAGGAGACACUGUAGUAGCGGACGGAAGCAAGCCGACCAAGAUCAGCGGUGCAACCUUCAACAGCAUCGUCUCCAACAUAGUCGAAGACGUAAUCUACAACAUAAUCCACGACACAGUCCUCUCCGUGCACCGAUCCGAGAAGCUGCUACGCAUGCGCUCCGCCGCCGUAACCGCCGAGCUCCAAUCGACCACCCUCCUCGACUCGCUCCCGACCUCCUCAAAGCUCUCCCUCACCGCCCCGCCCCCCACGCCCCCCAAACUCGAGACCCAGGCCGGCGUCUACGAAAACGGCCGCUUCGCCCUAAAGGGCAACCCGCUGCUCACCGUCCCCGUCGACGAGAUCCUGUGCCCGCACUGCCGGCUGCCGCGCCUUAGCUACCCGAUCACGGGCGCGGGGGCUCGGCUUCCGGACCUCGGCCAGGGCCAGCAGUAUUGUACGCGGUAUCCGUUCGUGACGCGCCCGGGGCACGACUGCUACGGGAACCCAUUCCCGUCGACCGCGAACCUGACGAAGAAGGAGAGGGAGGCGCUCAAGCGGAGCGAGAAGGAGGAGGGGAGGGGGGCGGGGGGCACGCCUAGUAGCCAGGGGGACGAGGGCGGUGGCGCUACGAAUAAUACGGGAAAUGCGGAAGAAAGGAUUCUGAAGAAACUGGAUACGGGUGGCAAGCCCGCGAGUUAUAUUCCCUGGCACACGUGUCCGAACUGUAAGCGCAGCUUGCUGAUCACGCGGUUUGCGCAGCACUUGGAGAAGUGUCUGGGCAUUUCUGGCAGGGCGAGCAGUAGGAACGCGAUGGUGAAGAUGGGCGUGAAUGGGGUGGGGAGUGUGGGUGGGAGUAGGGUUGGCACGCCUGCGCCUGCGGGGAAGAAAGGUGAGGAGGACGAGGAGGAGGAUGCGCCGAAGAAGGUCAGAAAACGGAGUAGUUAUGUCAAGAAGGCGGAUCGGGAGAAGCUGGGGCCGAAGGGGAGGAGGGAGGGCAGUUUGCUCGGGAAUGAGAUUAAGCGCUCGGGCACGCCGAAGAGGGAGAGGGAGAAGGAGGAGGGGGCUGAGAAGCCGAGGAAGAGGAUGAAGCUUGUGAGGACUGAGAGCGCGAUCAGCUCUGUUGAUGGUGGUGGGGAUGAGGGUGAGGAGAUCAGGAUUGGGGGCCCGGAGGAGAGUGAGGAGGAUGGAUGA